AGUACGCCUCCGGCCGUCGUACCGUUCGAACGUUCUUCUUUGAACGUUCCUCAAACGGCUUCUUUCUCUCGGUUCGGAAUAUACUCGAUAGAUCUCGAAGACUUCUAUCUGUUUAUUCGUCUGUCGCGUGAAUAUAUUCGUACGUGUUUCUAUCCUUUCACGGAUUUUUUUUUAUAUAACAAUUCUGUUCAUUGUUACUUGUUGUAUAAAUAAUACGUGUGAAUAUCGUGGAAAAUCUUUUGGUUUGUAGUUAAGAUAAAUGGUGAACUUGUAGUUAAGAUAAGAAUAUAAUUUCAAUAAUGAAGUGAUAAGAUGAAACUCAUGGGAAUCUUUAAGAAAACUAACGAGAUAUUACAAAGUUGUUAAUAAUAAACGCGAGUGUAUAAACGUGAGUGAAAGGAGAGGACAAAUAGAGACGAGAACAUUUACAGGAAAAAGAAGAAUGAAUCGACGAGAAGUACAAAGCCAUCGAGAGACGUCUAUAGAAAACGACAACGUCGCGUCAACUAGGUGAUCCUUUUUAACGAAGGAUGCAUUCUCCGGAUAAAGAAUAGAGUCUGAAUCAUUACCGAAGGCAGGAUGUGUUGCUCGGAUGGUCCUGGUGGUACAAGACUGACGAGGUGCGGCGUGGUAUGUGGCCUCGCGGCAUUGGCAGCUCUAAGUACUGCCUUGUUGGGUCCAGCUUGGCUUCACACGGAAGAGAAGAUCCCGCUGUCGUAUAUAUCAAAUAACUCACCGAUUCUAGUCAGCGUACGCUUCAAGCUCGGCCUCUUCAGGGUCUGCCCGAAAAUCGUAAAGCCUUCCAACCUCACCAUUCAUAUCCCUACGAAAGCGUGUACCUACGUAAGGUAUAGCAGUUUGGAAGACGUGAAACCGCAAGAACUCGGAUUUUAUCAGUUAGAAUUCACUCCGACCGUCGUUUCGAAGAUAAGGAUCUCGGCACCGUUUCAAGUGAUCGCCGUUGUCUUGAUUCUCGCUGGUACUAUCUUCGCACUGAUCGGCCAUUGUUACUCGGAUCAUAGAACAUUGAUAGCCUGUGGUCUUUUUCUGCUGGGUGGACUAUUGUUAGGUGGUGGACUGAUAGUACUAGCAUCAGCUUUAUCUGACGCAUCUUUGGAAUUACCUCGAAAGUAUAGUCUACCUUCCACGGCAAAUAUGCAAACAGACGAUAACGGUCUACCUCAGUAUCACUACGGUUGGUGUCUACAACUCUCAGGAUUAGCACUCAUCCUGGCCAAAGUAGCUGCACUUUUAACCAUGUCUGGAUAUAUGGCACGAUUUCCAACUGUCGAAGAUAUGGUGAGAGUUAUGGUACCAGGAGCAGAAAGAAAACUGAGAGAGCAAAGAGGUGUAAGUUCAGAGUACCUCAUCAGAGCACAUCAAAAGUCGCCAGGUCCACCUCAGACUCGUGGAUUUAACCAACCUACUAAAAGUGUACUCGCUCCCCAGAGAGUAGCAGAAGAAGGAACUUCUCUACUGUGUAAGUCAGCCCCUGACAUUUGUGCCUCCAACCCGCAAGCAAUCAGCUAUGUGGAUAAAGCAGAUCUCUCCCACGUUCUUCCAGCUUAUCCAGAUCCAAAGAAUACCGACCCUCGAUACACUUACGUCGAUAAGCCAGAUGCCAAUGUUGUCGACUCACAGUUAAGCGGCUUCGCCGAUAAAGAAGGUUUGAUUGACUCAAGGAUUUUAUCAGAUUCGAGACAAAACAUGAUUGCAUUUACUGAGAACAAAGAACAAAUUCUUGGUCAAGAACCGCGAUAUACGGAAUUCGCAGCUAGAGCUACAGAACCAAACAUCGUUGACUCCAGACUUAGUGGUUUUGCCGAGAAAGAAGGUCUUCUUGAUCCCAGGCUCGCGGGAUAUCCCGAGAGAAAUGAAUCUUUACUGGAUACACCUCUUGGCUAUGAUACACGCUACAAUAGCUUAGCCGGACAAACUGUACCUAUCACAUUGAAACAUCAAAAUACGUCAGUAUCAGCGAUCCAAUCACAGUACAUUUAUCAAAACUUUGGUACGAUACAUUCUGGUAUUUUAAGGGUAUCCGAGCCUGGUACCAGCUCGAGUUCUAAUUCGAGUCAAAGAAGUAUGACCUUGCAGAAUCCUAAACGAAAAUCUCAAAUCGCGCAAAAUACUUUCAGUACGAUGGAAUGUGAGAAGAAAAAACGCGGUCCUGGCUUAGUAGGAAAAGCUGGAUUUUAUGCAGGCAGUGCCGUAUGACCACCACCACCUCCUCCGACCCCGAGGUAACUCCACGAGGAGGAAACGCCGCUUUAAUUCAAAUAAAGAGAAUUGUUAGUGGCGUUUUUACUAUAUGGGUUGGAGGAAGUGUGUUUUUAAGGGGACAAUGAAUGCAACAUUAGCAUGAGUCGAUAGUGCAGAUCCCUAACCGUUUCCAAUUCAGAUCAUUGCCUUAUCACGCGUGAUAAGUUACCCACAGUUGGAUUUACAAGUUCCUGUGAUAAUAUCCCUGUCCAAUGAUACAAGAAAUGAUCAAAAUCUUAUUACUAAUGUUGUGAUAAAAGCUAUGUUGCGACCAUGAAAAAAUGUCGUGCGAAUCGAUGCCAUAACUUGAAUAUACCAAAUUGAUGAAUGGUCACUCAACCGCAUAUUGGAUCAAUAAUAUGUAUAUAGAAUAUUUAUCCUAAAAGUUAGAUAUAUAAGAUAUCAAUGUGAGGAGAGAGCAAAAUGUAUCUUCGAUAAAUUUAUAUUAAGCGAAAUGGAUCACCGAAGUAUUUGACAUUCAUGAAAUCAAUAUUAAUCUAACUUCUACUUGUAAUGAAAAAGGAUGAUCAAGAAGUUACAAGAAGAUACGAAGGAAGAAACGCAAUAGUAGUUUGCUUAACAUAGAUGUAGCAUAAAUGUAAAUGAUACACCAUACGAGAUGGUGAAAUACCAUGUUCUACUCACUGGCAAAGUUUCACGUGCUAUUUACAAUAAAGCUUCUCUCUCACGUUGAAAUAAAUAGUUCGUGAUUCUUUGCGAUAUCAAAACUAUUAAGUCGACAGACUACUCGCAAUCGAAGAAAAACAAAUUGCCCAAUGUUAUAAUCGUUGCAAUCAUUGCUUAAUACGUUCUACGUUAUCAUUCUCAUGAUUUAUUAUUUAUACUUCAGAAUUUAACGAACAUCUAUGGUGUAUUAAAAAACAUGUCAAUCGCUAUUAAUGCAAAUACGUAAUCAUUAAAUUUGACCAUAAUCAAAUCAUAAUUUUCAUUCAUGUUUCGAGAGCAUAAUCAACGGAACAAAGUUAUAAAUAAUCGUAAUUGAGAAAGUAAACUUAAGUAAUCGAUACGCUGUAAUAUAUUUGAUGGUCGAUAAGAUUUCGUUAAGUUACGUGGUAUGGACACGUAUAAUCGUAUUUAUUAAGAAGAGCAUUACGAGUGAUAAAUAAGACUCUCUAUGUUCGACGUGAAAGAAAUUGCCACUGACACGUUUCCAUUAUUAUUAGAAUAUGUGUGUACGUAGAUAUAGCAUUUUUUAACUAAUAAUUAUAGUAACUGAAAUAAAAUGAAAACUAUUAAUUCUGUGAAACGAUAAAAUAUUCAACCUUAACAAAGCAAAAUUAUAUGAUUCGUGAAAUGACGUACACACAGUAUAUCAAUAUCUACAAUUAAAGAGCACGUUACUCGUAUAAUAUUUAUACUUAUUACGUAUCCGAUCCGUGGCAAAAUCUUUUAUCGUAUUUACCGAUUUCUAACAUAUCAGGGCAAAGGAAAAUGUUUGUGUUACCUAUAUAGUAAUAAGCUGACUGCCAUUUACUUUCAUUAACUUUUUAUUUAUUUCCUAUUUUCUCGUUUACUUUGAACACUUCUCACCGAGAGAAGAAAUCAAGGACGCUGAAAGUAUUUGAACGAUUUCGAAAAACGAGAACUGACAUUAAACAGCGAUUUUUCUUUUUUAAACUGAGCCAUACGUUGUUGUAUAUGUCACUUUGCACUGCAUAUAUUAUUAUAUUAUGAUCGUAGCUGAAUGUAAUAAAAUGUUUCUUUUGUAAAAA